CGAGGCUCUGGCCGCCAUAUUUAUCAAAACAAUGCGGUUGUAGGACUUGGUUCACGAAGGAAAAGAAAGAAUCUAAUCAUUAAAUGCUUUUGAUUGCAUGUAAAAAUCAGAUUUCAGGUGAAAUUAAUCCCGUUGUUAUAUUCUGGAAUAUUUUAAGUAUACAAGCAAUUGCUCUUUGGAGUGAAGCAGCCAAAAAUGUCCGAACUCGAAUCGAACGAGGUCGAAGACGCCGUGAAUUUGAACAUCGAACAAAAUGUUACCGGGAAAGAGGACACAAGCGAUGCAUCAGAAGCAGUGAUGAGUGAAGUUAAUGGAAUUGAGUCCAGUGGAAGUUCUGAAGGACAAGAUGUGCUAGAUGGCAUAGAUCUCCCGUCAGUGAAAACACCAUUUACACCAGAUAAAGAAGAUGCUGCAUUAAUACCAGAAGAACCUACAUCACCUGAAAUGAAUUUGAUUGUAACAAAUGUUGUAUCCCAUGCCGAGACUCCUUUGGAUGAGGAGGACCCCUCUCCCUCCACAGAGGAGGUGCCGAGUCAGAAUCCUGAUGAUGGUGCACAGACUCCUGAAGAAAACGUGAACUGUGUCCAAAGUGAGGUUCCAUCUGCUGAACUUCUGGAAUCAACAGAAGAUCAGGCAUCCAAGGAUAUUGAAGAGAAUAAGCAGGAACUGAACACAGAAUCUCAGGAUGAGGCACAGGAAGUGGUUGCCAUGUCUUCAGAAAAAGUUCAGGAAAGUUUCUCAGAGGCGUAUGAUCAAUCUAACACAGAUAAUGAAAGUGCAGAACAGUUGCCGAGUGGCCUGGCACAGGAAACAGAAACCCCUGGUUCUCUGUCUCCAACUCUUCAAGGCAGCAUAGAAAAUGAGCACUCUGAAGUGGAACUUCAAGAUACAGUGAUGGAACCAGAAGUCCAAAAUUCAACUGAACAGGUUAGUGAUGUCGGCUCUCAAGACGGUGGCUUAGGAGAAUUAACAAUAACCUCUGUUGGCACAUUGCAUGGUGACAUAACAGAUGAAAGUGCAAUAGAAGCCAUGGAGACUGAACACUCUGACGAUGCAAUUCUGUCUAACUCCAAUACUGAAUGUGUUGCGGAGCGAAACGCUGGAAUUGAGACAAACGAUGAGAGCAUGGAGAUCACAGAGAAUGAGGAAAGUCUUCUAAAGGAGGAGGAGGAGGAGGUUAAUCAGAAGAUGGAGGAGAUGGAUGAGGAAAGUUUGCUGAAGGAGGAGAUUACAUCAGAACAGGAGGAGAAGACAGUAGAAGGUGAAGAAGUCCAACAGGAGACAGAGAAAUCAGGAGAGAAUUCUCAGGAGGAGGUUGUAAGCAGCACUGAACCUGUGGAACCAUCCCAGGUGUUAGCGGGAAUGGAUACAAUGGAAAAUACUCCUUUAGAACCAUCUGAGAUCUUAAUUGGUGUGGAUACCACAGAGUUGGCAGGUGCUGUAGAGAAAUCAGCUGAUGAGAACACUCCCAAAGUGAUAAAAACUGAGCAACAAGAAAGUACUCCAGAUUCUGUUGAAGAGGAAAAACCCAACCAGAUUGAAAGAGAAACAACAGAAAUGCAACCAGAGGUUGAUUUACCAGAAACUGCUGAAUCUGUGAAAUCAGAAGGAAUAGGAGAACAAGAGAUUGGAACAUCUGAGGCUACAAAAGGCACUGAGGUGACAGCUGAGGCUACAGAAGGCACUGAGGUGACAGCUGAGGCUACAAAAGGCACUGAGGUGACAGCUGACACUACAAAAGGCACUGAGGUGACAUCUGAGGCUACAGAAGGCUCUGAAGCCAAGUCUGAAGAAAUAAGUAAAGCAAAAGAAGACACAGUGACAGGGACCACUGACGACAGCAUUGAAAACAAGGGAGAGAAAUCUGAUACAGAUGUUGUCAUGAUCGAUGACAAAGAGGACACAAGUGAACCAAAGAAAGAAGAGAAGAAGAAAGAGAGUUCUGAUGAUUCUGAUGACAUCGCCAUUGUGGGAGUCAGUCCAGCCACAAAAAAGCAGACAUCUGCAUCAGCUCAGAGUGGAGGCACAGGUUUACAGAUUUCAUCAGUCAGUGGGGGAACAGACAUCCCAGACAUUGUCAACAAGGAGAAAAAAGAUCAGCAAAAAACUGAGGCUCCCAGACAGUCAGUUCCCUCAAAACCAGACAUAAAGCAGGAGAACAAGAAAUCCUCUCCUACCAAAGUGGCCAGUAAAGUCCAGACAUGUAUCGUCUGCAGCAGGAUUGGGAAGUGUAAGUACAAUAUAGUACGUAAUGGUGAUGUGAAACACUUGUGUGACGAUGUAUGUUUCCAAAAAUUCCGGGCCAAUCCUACCAGUUACCUCAGAGGAACCCCCAAAGCACCAGCUGAAAAUCACUCCGAACCAAAUAAUGCCCACCCAACCAACUCUCACUCCAACCAGGAACAGUUCAAAACCUGCUCAGUAUGUCAACUCAUGAACAUUAAAACCUCCAAACCAUUCCUUAACUGGCAGGGGAUGGACUUCUGUGGUGAAGAUUGUCUGGGAAAAUUCCAGGGCUCCCUCAACGCCUCAUGUACAAACUGUGGAAACAUGGUGACAGCCUCUGCUAAAGGAAAAUACUGUCUUAGGUUUGCCAAUGAAGUUAAACAAUUCUGUUCCAACAACUGUUAUGUGGAAUUUAAGAAACGACAGAAGCUUUGUGAGUGUUGUCAAAAAGACAUCUCCAAAUCCACCGAUGCUUUUGUAGCACCAGUUGGAAAAGAGGGGACAUUUAAGGAUUUUUGUAGUCAGUUGUGUUUACAGAAGUACGAGGAUAAAACUAACUGUGAUGUAGAAAUAGUGGGGGUGGAGAAAGCACAGAAGUCCAAAGUUUUACCAAAGGGAGAAUUUCCUUGUUCAGUGUGUAAAAAACAUUCGACUGUGAAGCAUGAAAUUCGAUUAGAAGGUAAAGUUCACCGCCUUUGUAGCGAUCCAUGCUUUUCUGCUUUCCAGUACGCCAAUAAAUUGACCAUGAACUCGUGUGAUAACUGUGGUACUUACUGCUAUGGCGAUGGAGCUCCACAGUUCAUCCAGUUUGAAGGGCAGCAAAAACGAUUCUGUAGUUAUGUGUGUGUCAACAAAUUCAAAUCGGAAAAGAAGAAAGUAGUGGCUUGUGCUUGGUGUAACUCCAAGAAAAGUAACUUUGACAUGAUUGAAAGGGUAGAUGCCCAUAACAAGUAUCAGCUGUUUUGUUCUUUAAACUGUUUGUCCCUGUAUCGUGUUAAUCUUCAGGCGACCUCUAACCAGGCAGUGGUGUGUGACCACUGUCGAAAGUUUGUCCCUGCUCAGUAUCAUUUGACUAUGAGUGAUGCAUCUGUGAGGAACUUCUGUUCGUAUCAGUGUGUGAUGGCUUUUCAGUCGCAGUUUGCUGCAGCAGGAGGAAAACAAACAGCCCCUACUGCAAACCAGCAUCAUCAGCAGCAAAAAGCUGCAGUGCAGCAACAAAAGCCACCACAGCAACAUAAGCCACCACAGCAACAAAAAGCAUCCCUUCAGCAACAACAGAAAACACCACAACAAUCUGCACCUGUGACAAGAAAUGCGACCAGAGCCCCACCUUCCAAACAACCCCCAGCUUCAAAGCAGUUAUCUCAGAGGAUGGGCCCUGGAGCCAAUCCUGUCAUAUCCAAUGUUGUGUCACUAGCUCCUAAAGGAAAUCAGCAAAGUGGAUUAAAGUCUGUCACCAGUGUUCCAGCAUCAAACCAGCCACAGACAAAGACAACUCAGAUUCAGGUUCAACAGCAGAUAGUUAUCCAGCCUCCCUGGCCUAAAACUCAGAAGAACAAAUCUCUAAUGUGUAAACCAUUUCUACAGACCAAGGCUACGUCUUGUAGGCCCCACACCCAUACCAUAGGGAUUCAAACAGAAAAGUCAGAACCAGACAAGGUAAUCCUUCCUGUCCCUAUACCAUUUUAUGUACCGGUUCCCAUGACGAUGUACACCCAGCCAACACCUGUUCCGUUCCCACUUCCUGUCCCUAUACCAGUGCCAUGUUUUAUCCCCACCACCAGAAAGUCCGCAGAUGGAAUCCUUAAGCAGAUCAAGGAAAUACGUGAGAAAAUUCCCAGUGAUCCCCUUGAGGCUGAGCUCCUAAUGAUGGCAGAAGCUGUUGCCGGGGUUGACAAGGAGUCAGAUUCAGACUCCGAGAAAGAGACCGAGGUCGAACCUGAAGGAAAGAAAAGUUGCAAAUCACCAAUACCAACUCCCAAGACUAACGGUCCAGAGACGACCACAGAUGCCACACCAGCGGAGAGCAAUGGAGACCUCGGAGAGGACAUGUUACAAAUGGCACUAAGAAUGGCCUCAGAAUUGUCUGAACCUGUCAUGGAUUUAGAGAAUUCUAUAGAGCCAGUCCCAGUUAACACAGAACCCCCUCCACCCCCUCCUAAACCAGUCCCUGAACAACCUCCCCCAGAGGAGGAUGAAGAGGAGGUUUAUGUCCCUCGAGAAACAAGGUCAGGACGGGGCUCCACGAAACGUUCCUCAAGGGGAGGUGGUGGAAAUAAACGCAGAAAUAAACGCCAGAAAGUGAAUCAUCAGGUAGAAACUCCCAUGGAGGAGAGCAUAAGUGAGCCCCCAGAACCUGAAGUUCAGGAGCCGGCACCGGACGCUAACAUGUAUCUCAAGUACACAUACGGUGUCAAUGCCUGGAAGCAUUGGGUUGUACAGAAGAACGCUCAGCUGGAAAAAGUGUCUAAACAAGGCUCAGGAAAACUCAAGAUGUUUAAAACGGAUAUGAUGGGUUGUACUGCUGAUGAACUGAAUUAUUCUCUGUGUUUGUUUGUGAAAGAGGUUAGGAAACCAAACGGGGAGGAGUAUGCACCUGACAGUAUAUUCUAUUUGUGUCUAGGUAUUCAGCAGUAUCUAUUUGAGAAUGGUAGGAUUGACAACAUCUUCACUGAUAUGUAUUAUGAGAAGUUCACCGAGUGUUUAAAUGAAUUACUUAUUCAUUACCAACCAAAGGUUAAUGCUGCUGGUCAGCUGGUGUGUCGUAUUGAGGAGGAACAUCUCUGGGAGUCGAAGCAGCUGGGUGCCCACUCGCCCCACGUUCUACUGAACACGCUUGUUUACUUCAACACCAAGUACUUCAUGCUUCAAUCAGCAGAAGACCACCUUAAGCUCUCGUUUACACAUAUCAUGAAGCACUGGAAAAAGUCGCCACCAGGAAAAGGAAAUUCUUCUGGAAGAAGUGUGUUCCUCCGAUACUACUGCCCGACACCAGUCAAAAAUCAAAAUGAUUCUCAAAAGGCCAAGAAAAAGGAGGAACUGCCAAUUUAUGAGCAAGCUGAAAAUGUAGAAAAUCCUCUGAGGUGUCCAGUCAAGUUGUACGAGUUCUAUCUCUCCAAAUGGCCUAGUGAUUAUAGAAAAUACCCAGAGAGUAUAAAGAAUCGCAGUGACGCCUUUUACCUAGUCCCAGAGCGUUCCUGUGUCCCCGACAGUCCUGUGUGGUAUUCUACACAAAACUUAUCAGUGGAGGCCAUGAACAAAAUGUUACACAGAAUCCGAUUGGUCCGAGAAAUACAGGAAGCCAAAUUUCACACACAACCAGUGUCUUCGUCUACCUGAGCAAGUGUUUGUGUCAUGAGAAAUUACAUUUUUACGGUGGGUGAUUGUACUAUGGUGCUUAUUUUCAGUGCAAGAGUCUGUCAAAAGUGAUUGAAAGUUGUGGAAGAUGCAGCAAUCAGAGAAAUAAACAGUUUUGGGGGAAGCUUCAGUACCUGACAAUUGUAAAUGUUUGUUUUGAGGAUAAAUGGACUGAUAGAAAUCUGCAGUGGUGCAGAUAUACAUCAAAGGUUGUCAAUUAAAUUCAAGAUGACACUGUAUUCAUAACAUCACAGUUUUCAAUUUGUCAGAAAUUUUAAGUUUCACAUGUUACUCUCUACUCUCCUGAUUUUUAUCAAAUUUUCAGAUGUAGUAAUUUUUUUUUUCCAGUUUUAUAAUCAUGAAAAACUUCCAACACAAGAUAUGCAUUUUUGACAUAAUGUACACCAAGGCUGUGUAUUUGUAUUUUGUGAGAACUAUAAUGGAAAAAAUGAUUUUAUGAGCAAUAUUUGUUGUACAUGUAUAUUGAUAUAUUCUUCAAGAUGAACAAUUGGUGACUCAUUGAUUUUGUACAAAAUUUUUUAGUAUAUUUACAUUGAAGUAUAUUACAAUAAAUGUGUAUGCUGAGGUACUGAGAGAGAAGAUGCCAAGAGAGUUAUUGUACAGUGUAGUAGAUGCAUAAUGCAAAACAAUAAAAAUCUGAGACAAUA